GCGAAAUAAAUUUUGAUCUUUAUUUAUAUAUAUUUUUGGUUUCUGCAUCUCGUUCUCAGGGGUUUUGUGAUUCUCUUCUCCGAUCGAUUCCUAUCUCUCUCUCUCUCUCUCCGGUUUGCAAACUUUUGUUUCUCUCUGUUGGUUCGGGUUGGAUCUUUGUUUGGGUGAUGGCGAAGGUGAGACAGUCGCAGAGAUUAUUACAGGCGAGGAAAUGGUCGACAUUGAUGCUGGUUCUGUUUAUGCUUUUCAUGUUAACGAUUGUUCUCUUGAUGCUUUUGGCCUUUGGGGUUUUCUCUCUUCCCAUUAAUAACAACGACGAAUCUUCUCCCAUGGAUCUCUCUUAUUUCCGACGAGCUGCAACUGAGAGAAGUGAGGAGGGACUUGGGAAGAGAGGAGAUCAGUGGACUGAAGUGCUCUCUUGGGAACCCAGAGCUUUCGUCUACCACAACUUCUUGUCGAAGGAAGAAUGCGAGUAUUUAAUCAGUCUUGCCAAACCACAUAUGGUGAAGUCAACUGUUGUUGAUAGCCAAACCGGCAAGAGCAAAGACAGCAGGGUGAGAACAAGCUCGGGGACUUUCCUUAGGAGAGGAAGGGACAAAAUCAUUAAGACCAUUGAGAAAAGAAUUGCUGAUUACACCUUUAUUCCAGCAGAUCAUGGGGAAGGACUUCAAGUGCUUCACUACGAAGAAGGGCAAAAGUAUGAACCACACUAUGAUUACUUUGUUGACGAGUUCAACACUAAGAAUGGAGGUCAACGCAUGGCUACCAUGCUCAUGUAUCUGUCGGAUGUUGAAGAAGGCGGUGAAACGGUGUUUCCUGCUGCCAAUAUGAAUUUUAGUUCCGUACCAUGGUAUAAUGAGCUCUCUGCGUGUGGUAAAAAAGGACUUUCCGUAAAGCCUAGAAUGGGCGAUGCGUUGCUCUUCUGGAGCAUGAGGCCCGAUGCUACGCUAGACCCCUCAAGCUUGCAUGGUGGAUGUCCUGUGAUUAGAGGGAACAAGUGGUCAUCUACCAAAUGGAUGCAUGUCGGCGAGUACAAAAUCUAGUGUCUUUGAUUUGCUGGACAAACGGUAUACUGUUUCCUAGAUGGUGUAAAAUUGGAGAGAAAGAGAGUUGGUGUUUGUUUGAUUUUGUUUUUCCAUGCGGCUCAGUGUAUUGGGAUUCAGAGGUUCAUAUUAUAUCAGUAGAGAAUACCAAAAGAGAGGGAAUUGUUAGAUUACAUUAGGAUGGCUUAAAUAGACAUUGUUGCUCACUGCUAUACCAGCCAUACGUUGUGAAUUAGUUAUAACAUUAUUAUUCAUAUAAAAAUGUGUCAUCUUCAUAUAUAAGAACUGUUUAAAAUUCAUACACCCAAAUUAUCAAAGGGCCUGGACCAUACGUGAUUUGGAUUGUGUCAUUGACUCAUUUUUGGAGGACUUCAUGAGCCAGACAAUCAUUUCUCUAUGUUAUAUCCAGAGAACUGAGCAGAGAACUGAGCAAAUAUGUAACAUAUUGCGGAGACUAUAUUGCACAUAGAUGUAAUAAAAGUCUGAUUAUUAUUACACAACAACAAAAAAGAUAUGAUUCAACAGCUUAUAAAUAGCGUUUUCGUGCGUAGUUUACCUACACAACCUUUAUUACACUGAUGAAAAAACAAACGAA